UCUCUUAAGCACGGGUUGUCUCACAGAAAAAGGACAAAAACCAUACUAUAUAAACUCCCUACGAAAGAAGCAGCCAGGAAGAGUUUUUGGGCCGCAAACUUCCUGAUGGCCCCCACAUAAUACAAAACCAAGCACUGACGAGUAGCGGCGAGUCACCACUUCUCAUCCUCGACAGUCGACACUCUUUCUUGCUCUCCUCCCAGUUCCUCUCUGUUUAUUUAUCUGUGAGUAAUUUUAACAAAAACAUAGUGUGCUAUCGUAAGGAAGCAAAGAUGUUCGCUGUAAACCAAGUAACAAUCUCCUCGUCUUCUUCCAUCUCUAAAGUUCUCAAAAACCCAAUCCCUAAAACUCUUCCCUUUCAACCCAACCAGAGACUUCUCAACCCCAUCAGAAACCAACCCAACCAGAGACAUCACACUACUCUACCCAUCAAAUCAUCACUCUCACCUCCACCUCCAGUUCAAACCCCAGCUCACAUCCGAGUAGAUAUUCUGUCUGAAUCCCUCCCAUUCAUCCAGAAAUUCCGAGGCAAGACGAUAGUCGUUAAAUACGGAGGCGCAGCCAUGAAAUCUCAAGCCCUCGAAGCCUCCGUCAUCAACGACCUUGUCCUUCUCUCCUGCGUCGGUCUCCGCCCCGUCUUCGUCCACGGUGGAGGCCCCGAAAUCAACUCCUGGCUUGGUCGAGUCGGUCUCCAACCAAAUUUCCUCAAUGGCCUCCGAGUUACCGAUUCCCCCACCAUGGAAAUCGUCGAAAUGGUCCUUGUUGGCAAAGUCAACAAAAACCUAGUUUCCCUCAUCAAUAAGGCCGGCGCCACCGCCGUCGGUCUCUCCGGCAAAGACGGCCGCCUCCUCACCGCUCGACCAAAUGCCAAAUCGGCCGAGCUGGGCUUCGUUGGUGACAUUGCCCGGGUGGACCCCACCAUCCUCCGGCCGCUUAUUGCAAAUGAUCACAUCCCCGUUAUCGCCUCCGUCGCCGCAGACGGCUACGGGCAGGCAUAUAAUAUUAAUGCUGACACAGUGGCCGGGGAAUUGGCGGCGGCGUUGGGGGCGGAGAAGCUGAUUUUGUUGACCGAUGUUGCCGGGAUUCUGGAAGAUAGAGAGAAUCCGGAGAGUUUGGUGAAGGAGAUUGAUAUCAAAGGAGUGAAGAGGAUGAUGGAAGAGGGGAAGAUCGCUGGUGGGAUGAUUCCUAAGGUUAACUGUUGCGUAAGAUCGUUGGCGCAAGGGGUCAGGACGGCGAGUAUCAUCGACGGUCGAAAACCGCACUCACUACUUCUUGAGAUCCUAACCGAUGAAGGAGCUGGCACGAUGAUCACCGGGUGAUGUGAUACAAUAGAUGCUGAUCGGGUGGCAAUGGAGUGCGAAAGUGUAAACACUGUCGUGGUUGAGUUCGUAUUCCUUUUUCUGUUUCCUGGUUUCAGGUUCCAAAGAAGAUUUCAUCAAAUAAACAUUCUAUUGUUAGACCUGUAGUUGAUACAUCCCAAUGCCAAACUUCACUAUAUCUUGUUGUGCUUGUACAGAUCUGAAAAGAUAACCAACUUGCAGCUCCCUCAUCAGAUGGUAUUUUUCAAAUACAUAUUGCAGUGUCCCUUCAAUCCUUAGUGGAUGAAGCUUUGCAUGGGCCACCAUUAUAUUACCAGCCAUUCAUGCCUGUCAGCCAAUGUCUAUUUAUGAACACUCCAUUGUACUCCUGAAAUUUAACCCUCACAUCCCCAAAGUUAGAAAAGGGUAAGAGCAAGGGAAUAUGAAUUUGUAUGUUGACCUUAUUUUACUAUGCUAAAUUUUAUAAGCAUAUUAUAGAAACCUGGAUAUAGUUUGCAAUAGUAUUAUAGAGAACUUGGAUAUUGUUUAUAAGUCUGAUAGAGAUACUUGGGUGAAUUUACAA